AGCAUCAAGCAGAGAUCAAUCCAGAAGUAAAAUACAAGGAAAACUGACUGGGCAGAAUGUCUGACCUGGAGAAUGCAAUGAUUGGUAUCAUAAAAGUCUUUCACAAGUACACAGAAUGCAAGAGGGAUAAACUUAAGAAAACACAGCUAAAGGCUCUUGUCAACAAUGAGUUAAGCCAGUUUAUUGAGAACAUAAAAGACCAAGCGACCUUGGAUACACUCAUGCUGGACUUGGAUGAAAAUGGUGAUAUGGAAAUUGAUUUUCAAGAAUUUGUCACUUUUGUUGCGAUGAUUACUUCAGCAUGUCACAGCUUCUUUGCACUUCGAGAGUGAACUUUGCAACCAAGAGCAGGAUGUGUACAUUGCUUCCUGAAACGAGUUGAAAAACCUCAACUAGAUAAAGAGAACAACUUUUCAAGGAUAAUAGAAGCAUAACUAUCAGCUCAAAAUAAAUACUAUAAAGUUGGUUUGAGGGGCUAAGAAGAUUCUAAUCCUUUACUUGCAUUCUGUCUGUUUCCAUGCUGUAUGAUUCUAUGACUCUAUAACCCUGAAAUAUCCCACUGAAUAUGCAUAUAUGUUUUACAUAUAAGAGUAUUCUAAAUCGGAUGGCAGCUAUAAAAGCAAUGCUUCAGAAAUGUCCACAUAGCUGUCUUUAAAUGUUAUUGUCUGCUUUAAAAUAAUUGC